AUGGACGUACAGGCACAGAAUGAUCCAGUCCUCCAGGAGUGCAAAGACUACUGCUGGCGCAUGCUGCUCCUCGAGGUACACACAGCACGCAUCAUGCUCCGCGUCAAAUAGCUACUAACAUCCUGCUAGCCCAGCGCUCGACGAGUGCUAUCGAGAGGCAUGCCUCCACUGGACAGCGGCCUAUCCGUCUGCGAAGUCCACACCCAGACCAUCCUCGACGGCCGCCUACCCGUCAACCAGUCCGCACUGCACGACCGACACCUCAUGCCAAUGUGCAACGGCUGUGCCGUGGAGCGCUUACAGGAACUCGCCAUCACACUGCCCGCGCAGUCGCCGGUCCACGUGGAUACCUGCGUCUGCGCCGCGAACAUCCUGGACGGCAAAUGGUGCGCGUGGUGCCAUUUGAAAUUCAAACGGGAGGCUCUGACGGUGAGUGAGUACAACGAAGAAAAUAACUUGCGAGUGCCAUCUCUCGAUGCCCGACUUGGCAUUUCCGAAGACGUUCACAGACAUCACGCAGUGGUGGGCAGGGGCAGGCAGAGCCUAGGAAUACAUACGCUGAGUCAACACUCUCCAGACCAAAAACAUCAAAGCAUAGACUGACCAGCACUGUGACCUUAACAGACAUACAUGCAAGAGCACGCCCACGAACUCACGCAACCAGACUCCAACUCCAAAAAGAGAACGGUCGUGCUCUGCCACUGCGGCAGACUCCCCAGCAGCCCCAAGAACGAAAUCCUCCGCUUCUGUCCCGGCUGCACCGGUGUCGUGUCUGUGCCCAUGCAUUCGCUCGACGGCAGCGCGCACCUCCUCCCUGCGACCCAUUCGACCAGCAUCCGCUGGGCCGCAGACCGUGUGCCGUCAGCCGAAUGGACGGAGCACCAGCGGAAAUGCAGAGAAGAACACCCCGUGAAGCCAUGUGCGUGGAUUCUCGCCGUAUUGGAGCAGGAGGAGGCGCAAGCCGCGAAGGAAGGACUACGAGCAGAGCCGUGCAGAGAAGAGGUCAUGCAAGACACGCCCAUGGAGUGCAUGUCCUGA